GUGCCUGCUGUCCUGCUGCUCCUCCCCUCCUUCCCUGCCCUCCUUGGGCUUGUCACCAUAGGACUCCAGUUGCUGGCACCCUGUAGCACUCAGGGAGUCCCAAUGCCACCGUCCCCAGGUCUGGGAGAGCCUGGCUGCCACCUCACCUCCACCCCCAAGAGGAGAUGCGAAAUGCAGCUGCUAUUGGAUGAGCUGGACCAGCUGGAGCUGAGCUACCUGCAAGACCCUUCAUGCCCAGAACAGUCCCCCAUGGUGGCAGGGGACCCCAGGACAUCAGGAGCUGUGUCACUGAUCUCCAGCAGCCAGAGGACUAAGCCAAGCUUGGCCGCUUUGCCCAGGCAUCCCGUCACCCGCAGGAGCCUGCGUGGGGUGACAAUGGAGACGGGCCCGGGACCUGGGCACCUUUGGGAAGCCAGACCCUACAGCCCAAGCCAACGUCCAGCCAGCAACGUGUCCUCGCUGUCCCCACGGCUCCUGUGCCAGGGACUCACCAGAGCUGGGCAGCGGUGCCGCAAAAGGGCCGUCCCCGGGCAGGUCUUCUGCCAGUUCCAUGGCUGCAGGCAGAUGUUGUCUCCCCAGACCUGACUCCUUCCCUUUCCUCGGCUCUUCUGGAGCACAAGGACAAGGUGCCGGUGUCAGUGGAACAUGACACGGCCUCACCUCGUGUC